GCGCGGAGCGGCGCGGAGCGGGGCAGCGCGGGGCAUGGGGCGCGGCUCGGCGGGACCGCGGCCCCUCCGCGCCCCCCUGUGCUGCCUCCUCGGCCUCCAGCUGGUGCUCGGCGCUGCGCACCCAGACUCCAAAGUCUUCCUCAUCUACAACACGGGUGCGCAGGGCUGCCUGGAGACGAAGGACUCGCUGGUGAGACUCGCCAAGGGCUGCAACGCCAGCGCCCCAGCCCAGCAGUGGAAAUGGGUCUCGCGAAAUCGCCUCUUCAACGUGGGGUCCAUGCAGUGCCUGGGGGUGUCGUGGCACGGGGCCAACGCCACAGCGGGGCUGCACCCCUUGGCCACCUACGAGUGCGACCGCGAGUCCGUCAACAUGCGCUGGAGCUGCCGCGGCCUCGGGGAGCAGCUCUCCCAGCACCUCGGAGCCCGCCCGGGCAAUUCCUCCCUGGACCGGGGUGACCAGGCGCGUGGCUCGCAGUGGAGGACGUACGGCACCGAGGAGGAUCUGUGCUCCGUGCCCUACGCUGAGAUUUACACCAUCCAGGGCAACUCGCACGGGAAGCCGUGCACCAUCCCCUUCAAGUAUGACAACCAGUGGUUUCACGAGUGCACCAGCACGGGGCGGGAGGAUGGCCAUCUCUGGUGUGCCACCACCCAGGACUACGGCAAGGACGAGCGAUGGGGCUUCUGCCCCAUAAAGAGCAAUGACUGCGAGACCUUUUGGGACAAGGACCACCUCACCAACAGCUGCUACCAGUUCAACUUCCAGUCGACGCUGUCGUGGCGGGAGGCCUGGAAUAGCUGCGAGCAGCAAGGGGCCAACCUGCUCAGCAUCACCGAGAUCCAUGAGCAGACGUACAUCAACGGGCUGCUGACGGGGUACAGCUCCACACUCUGGAUUGGGCUCAAUGACCUGGACAUCAACGGAGGCUGGCAGUGGUCAGACAACUCACCCCUCAAGUACCUCAACUGGGAGAGUGACCAGCCCGACAACCCCAGCGAGGAGAACUGCGGGGUGAUCCGCACCGAGUCGUCCGGGGGGUGGCAGAACCGCGACUGCGGCAUCGCCCUCCCCUACGUCUGCAAGAAGAAGCCCAACGCCACGGCCGACCCCUUCCUGACGGACUCGUGGUCGGAGGUGAAGGUGGACUGCGAGCCCAGCUGGCAGCCCUUCCAGUCCAACUGCUACCGUCUGGUGGGAGAGAAGAAGAGCUGGCAGGAGGCAAAGAAGACCUGCCUGCGGAGCGGGGGGGACCUGGUCAGCAUCCACACCCUCUCCGAGCUGGAGUUCGUCACCAAGCAGAUCAAGCAAGACGUGGAGGAGCUCUGGAUUGGCCUGAAUGACCUCAAGCUGCAGAUGAACUUUGAGUGGUCGGAUGGGACGCCCGUGAGGUUCACGUACUGGCACCCCUUCGAGCCCAACAACUUCCGCGACAGCCUGGAAGACUGUGUGACCAUCUGGGGACCGGAAGGGAGGUGGAAUGACAGCCCGUGCAACCAGACCCUGCCAUCCAUCUGCAAAAAACCCGGCUGGGUGAGCCAGGAGAAGGAGGAGGAUGACCACGGGUGCCGAAAGGGCUGGAAGUGGCACAGCCCCUCCUGCUUCUGGCUGGGGGAGGACCGCGUCCCCUACAGCGACGCCCGCAAGACGUGCUCCGACUACGGCUCCACGCUGGUCACCAUCACCAACAGGUUCGAGCAGGCGUACGUCAGCAGCCUCAUCUACAGCUGGGACGGGGAGUAUUUUUGGACAGCUCUGCAGGACAUCAACGAGACAGGCGCUUUCCGCUGGCUGAGCGGCGAUGAGGUUAUGUACACCCACUGGAACCGCGACCAGCCCGGUUACAACAAGGGCGGCUGCGUGGCCCUGGCCACCGGCAGCUCCAUGGGGCUGUGGGAGGUGAAGAACUGCAGCACCUUCAAGGCCAAGUACAUCUGCCGGCAGAACCUGGGCACCCCGGUGAACCCCGAGCUGCCCGGUCCCUACCCCACGCCCAGCCUCACCGCUGCCUGCCCCCCGGGUUGGAGCUCCGACUCCAAGCUCCGUCACUGCUACAAGGUGUUCAGCUUUGAAAAACUGCAAGAGAAGAAGACGUGGAUUGUGGCGCAGGAGUUUUGCCGGGAGCUGGGGGCCCAGCUGCUCAGCCUGGGCAGCUAUGAGGAGGAGCAUUUCAUCGCCAACACCCUCAACAAGAUUUUUGGGGAGUCGGAGCCGGACCUCCACGAGCAGCACUGGUUCUGGAUCGGCCUGAACCGGCGGGACCCGGCGGGGGACAGGAGCUGGAGGUGGAGCGACGGGCUGGGGUUUUUCUACCGCAACUUUGACCGCAGUAACUACGACGACGAUGACAUCCGGACCUGCGCGGUGCUGGACCUGGCCUCCCUGCAGUGGAUGCCGAUGCAGUGCGAAGCCCAGCUGGACUGGAUCUGCAAACUGCCCAAAGGUGCCGACGUGAAGGAGCCGGAGAUCACGACCCAAGGCAGCAAAGAGUGGGUGAAGUACCAGGAGGCCGAGUACAAGUUCUUCGAGCACCACUCGACGUGGGUGCAGGCGCAGCGCAUCUGCAGCUGGUUCCAGGCGGAGCUGACGUCCGUGCACGGCGAGGCCGAGCUGCGCUUCCUGGGCCAGAACCUGAAGAAGUUCUCCAGGGGCCAGGAGCAGCACUGGUGGAUCGGGCUGCACACCUACGAGAACGACGGGAGGUUCAAGUGGUCCGACGGAUCCCUCCUCAACUUUGUCUCCUGGGCGCCGGGCAAGCCCCGGCCCAUCAACAAGGACAAGAAGUGCGUGUACAUGACGGCGAGCAGAGAGGACUGGGGGGACCAGAAGUGCAUGACGGCCCUGCCCUACAUCUGCAAGCGGAGCAACGGGACGGCCGUGAAGCCUUCCCUCCCGCCGCUGCCCGCCCCGGCGAGCGGGGGCUGUCCCCGCGGCUGGUUUCCCUUCCUCAGCAAGUGUUUCAGCUUCAACGGCCACGACAAAGCUGAGAUAGUGAAGUGGCCCGAGGCGAAGCAGGCGUGCGAGAGCCAGGGCGCUGUGCUGGCCACCAUCGCCAGCCCCCUGGAGCAGGCUUUCAUCACCUCCAUGCUGCCCAACAUCUCCUUCGACCUCUGGAUCGGCCUCCACGACGCCCAGAGGGAGUUCCAGUGGGUGGAGGGCGAGCCGCUGCGGCACGUGAGCUGGGCGCCCGGCGAGCCCUCGGGCUGCGGCGCCUCCAGCCCCCGCGACAAGCCGACCAACUGCGUGGUGGUGUGGCACGGCUCGCCCCCCCACUUCACGGGACGCUGGGACGACCGGAGCUGCCUGGAGGAGAAGCACGGCUACAUCUGCCAGCGGAGCAUCGACCCGUCCCUGAGCCCCGCGCGGACGCCGUACCCCCCCUCGCCCACCGGCACCCUCUUUUACCACAACAGCACUUACCGCAUCCUGCAGAAACCCCUCAGGUGGCACGAGGCCCUGCUGCUCUGCGAGACCCUCAACGCCACCCUGGCCACCAUCCCCGACCCCUACAGCCAAGCUUUCCUCACCCAGGCCGUCAGCAGCCUGCGGGCUCCGCUCUGGAUCGGGUUGGCCAACGACGAGGGAGGCCGGAGCUACUCCUGGUUGACGGAGGAGAACCUCUUCUACGCCAACUGGCAGGACGGGGAGCCCCAGCAGGUCACCGGCUGCUCCUACAUGGACGCCGACGGGAGCUGGCGCACGGCCGGCUGUGACACCAAGCUGCAGGGUGGCAUCUGCCAGCUCCGAGGAGGUGCCCCCCGCACACACAAGUGGAGCUACAGCGGCAGCUGUCCCAAAUCUUUGGAGGAUUCAUCCUGGAUCCCCUUCCGGGACCACUGCUACACCUUCCACAUGGAGAUCACCCUGGGGCAGAAGGAUGCCAUGAGGAGGUGCCAGAAAGUUGGCGGCACGGUGUUGUCCAUCCAGGACGAGAUGGAGAACGUCUUCGUGUGGGAGCAUCUCCAGGCGUACGAGGGCCCAUCCAAAGGUGCCUGGCUGGGCAUGACCUUCAACCCCAAAGGUGGCACCUUGGUUUGGCAUGACAACACCGCCGUGAACUACUCCAACUGGGGCCAGCACGACACGGGGCCCAGCAUGCUCAGCCAGAACAGCUGCUACUGGAUCCAGAGCAGCAACGGCGUGUGGCGCCUGGGCUCCUGCACCAACGUCACCAUGGGGGUCAUCUGCAAGAUCCCCCGAGUGGAGGAGAGCAGCUUUUCCAGGGCAGCUCUGCCGGAGAACACGACGGCCAUCGCGGUGGUGGUGCUGUCGACGCUGGCGCUGUGCGCCAUGCUGGGGGUCGCCGUCUACCUGUACAAGCGUCGGCGGAGCGCGGAGCGGGGCGCCUUCGAGAGCGCCCGCUACAGCCGCACCACCUCCAACCCCAGCGAAUCCGCCGAGAAGAACAUCCUGGUGUCGGACAUGGAGAUGAACGAGCAGCAAGACUGACGGCAGGGGGGACGCUGGGGCCGGGGACCUGGGGAGGGGGGAGGACGGGGAGCAUCACACGGGCUGUCCCCACGGCGCACGGGGCAGGGGAGGCAGCGGGACCGUUGCAGCGGGGCAGGGAGAGGGGCUGGGGUCGGGGUUGGGGUCCCGCCAGGCGGGUGAGCAGAGGGAGCUGGGGUCCCUCCUGCCCCACAGGUCCCUGCCGCCACCUCCAGGCUUGUCCCCAGCUGCCGGGAGUUUGCCUGCAGCAGCCACGGAGGCAGUUUCAGGGCUAAAAAGUUAGGAGGAAAGUUGCCCCCCCGCCCCAGUUCAAGAGCUUUUCGGCGGCGUGAACAGGCUCCGAGACACCUUCCCCUUGGGAGAAGGCAAGCGGGGGGUGUUCAGGGCCCUGCAGCAGGCUCGUUCCCCCCCCCAGGAACCGAGCUGGUGUCCGAGAAGACAUCCUCCUGGGCAAGAGGUCUCUAAAGCCGAUCUACCUCCCCUCCGUGCCCAGCGGCGAGGGUCCUGCCAGCCCCCCCGUCCCCACCACCGUGCCGCUCCUCUCCCCCUCCUCGGCCUCGUCCCCCACCUCCGGCAGAAAGCAGCGGAGAUGCCGUCGCAGCCAUCCGAGCGUGGACCCCCCACCCCGGCAUCGGCGAGGGGAUCCCCUCUCCUCCCUGGCACAUCCCUCGGGCUGCGUCCAGCCCCGGCGAGGCUGCGGCUGCUCCCCCCCUCCCCUCCCCGGGCCGACAGCCAGAGCCUGCCCCGCUUUCUGUUUUCUUUGGUGCGCGUCCCCCCCCCCCCCCCCAAAUAACUGCACGGGAUAGCACCGGAGCAAACCGCUGGCCAGGCCCCUCUCGGGCAGGAGCAUCCCCGGCACCCCGGGCUCUGCGGGAGGAGCUGGGUGCUGGGCGCAAGGUGCUGCCGGGGAGCCAGGACCACCCUCUGCCCCUUGCCUGGCAGGAUUGGCACAAGGGGCUGGGGUCACUUGCCGCUGGUUGCCUUGCUCGGGCCAGAAGAACGAGCAUCAGGGCUGUAGGGUGGGGAGCAAUUUGGAAGCUUUGGUGGUUAUUUUGAAAGUUUGGUGGUUCUUUUUUUUUUUUUUUUUUUUUUUUUUUUUUUUUUUUGUUGUUGAUGUUGUUAAGGAAACGAUAGCUUUUUUGCUAUACUGUAUUGAGUGCGUGCUGAAUAUAUACGUUCUUUCACACA